AUGGCGGACGAGUUCAACCCCCAGUCUGUCGACCUCGACACGGCUGACCCCAAGGACAUCAUCUGCUAUCUCAAUGCCGGCGAGAACGAGUACAACGGACACCUGGGCCUGCGUGUGUCGGCCCUCUUCGUCGUCCUCGUCACCUCCACGCUCACGACCUUCUUCCCUGUCCUGGCUACCCGUGUCCGCCGCCUUCGUAUCCCGCUCUAUGUGUACCUCUUUGCCCGCUACUUUGGUGCCGGCGUCAUCAUUGCCACUGCCUUCAUCCACCUCCUCGAGCCUGCCUAUGAGGAGAUUGGUCCCAACAGCUGCGUCGGCAUGACUGGUGGCUGGGCCGAAUACACCUGGCCCCCCGCCAUCGCCAUGGCCUCUGCCAUGAUCAUCUUCCUCCUGGACUUCCUCGCUGAGUACUACGUCGAUAAGAAGUACAGGAUGGCCCACGUCCAGGUCGAGGGAACCAUUACCACCGGCGGCCAUCACGACCACCAGGGCCUUCACUCUGCUGACCAGGACCGCGCCGCCCCUCCCAACGGAAAGGCCGCGGAGCGCGAGCUCAAGAACAUUGAGGGCGACAACCAGCAGGCGGCUAUGGGCUUCCAGUCUCAGAUCGCCGCCUUCCUGAUCCUCGAGUUUGGCGUCCUCUUCCACAGCGUCAUCAUCGGUCUCAACCUGGGCGUCGUCGGCGACGAGUUCAAGACGCUGUACCCCGUCAUCGUCUUCCACCAGGCCUUUGAGGGCCUGGGUAUCGGCGCCCGCCUCAGCGUCAUCCCCUUCCCCAAGCACCUGCGCUGGAUGCCCUGGGCCCUGUGCCUCGCCUACGGCCUGACGACGCCCCUUGCCAUCGCCAUUGGCCUCGGCGUACGGACCACCUACAACAGCGGCUCCUUCACAGCCAACGUUGUCUCCGGUGUGCUCGACGCCACCUCUGCCGGCAUCCUCCUCUACACCGGCUUCGUGGAGAUGCUUGCCCGCGACUUCCUCUUCAACCCCUACCGCACCCAGGACAAGAAGCGUCUGACCUUUAUGCUCGUCUCGCUCUACCUCGGCUGCGCCAUCAUGGCUCUCCUGGGCAAGUGGGCUUGA